GAUUUAGCGUCGAAGAAUCAAGCCAUUAAGGCUAAAGAACUGAGGUCGAUCGACGGUCACGUGAUGGAUUCGACCGAAAAUCCUGAAGGUGCCUUCCAGAAGAGGACUACAGAAGAGAAAGAGUAUGAGGAGGGGCACGAGGAUGCAAAGUACCAAAUGAACGGAAAGCUGGAAGACUGCGAUUUUGUGGUGCACAAAGCGGAUUACGGGGAACCGGAUAUACCGUCACCCGAUUAUAAUUCCGAGGAGGAAGAUUAUCAGGUGCACAGGAGCGAGGAUUACGUCGACAAUACGUCUUCGUACGCGUCAGACCCUCGCCGUUACAUCUAUUAUCAAGACGAGAAGGAACUCGAGGUCAUUCCCGAGGAGGACGAGGAGUUCGAGGGAUUUGGUGACUGCUCUGCAGAACUCCAUGGCUGA